AUGAUAUUUGCUUCUUUUAUUCGUAAUGCAGAAGGAGUCCGAGAAAUGAGGAAGGUCCUCGGUGAAAAAGGCAAAAAGAUCAAAAUCAUUGCCAAAAUCGAGAACCAACAAGGCAUGGAAAACGCAGAUGAGAUUAUCGCCGAAGCGGACGGUGUCAUGGUCGCAAGAGGCGAUCUCGGUAUAGAAAUUCCUACUGAAAAAGUGUUCGUAGCUCAAAAGGUGAAUGCUCACUCUUGGUAUUACUGGCUGAAACUGCCCACUGAUGUUCAUACGCGUUUAGCGUACCUUACUGCCUCACUCCCAAUUCUCGAUUUGAUAAAACGGUGA